AUGACGCGAAAACACCAUAUCGGUCCCUCGACCUCCCGCCUGAAAUGGUCCAACGCAACACCGCCGGCCUUGACUGUGGCCCCCGGCGAGGUCGUGUCUUUCGAUCUUCUUGACUCGUCCGGCGCCCAAGUGACAGCCACCUCAAAAGCUUCAGAUCUCUCAGAAAUUCCAAUCUCGACGUUUGACCCAAUCUUCGGACCGGUAUACAUCGAAGGCGCAAACCCGGGAGAUGUACUCGAGGUCGAGGUCGUCUCACUCGAGACAGCGGGCUGGGGCUUCACAGGCAUCAUGCCCAACUUUGGUCUGUUGGCCGCGGACUUCCCGGACACGCUCAUGCUGAAGCACUACCACUGGUCGAACUCCGACAAGUUCAUCACUUUCAAGCCGGGCAUCAAGAUCCCGCUCCGACCGUUCCUGGGCGUCGCGGGUAUCGCGCCAGCGGAAGACGGCGAGUUCUCGACUAUACCGCCGCUAGACACCGGCGGGAACAUCGACUGUAAACACAUCACCCAAGGAACGAAGCUGUAUCUCCCGGUCAAGGUUCCCGGGGCUCUGUUCAGCUGUGGGGAUGGCCAUGCAGCCCAAGGCGACGGCGAAGUUUGCGGGACGGCGAUUGAGACACCGAUGAAGGCCACGCUACGGUUCAACGUCCGAAGGGAUAUGCCGUAUGUCACGAGUCCGCACUACGACACUCGCUGCUCGGUGCAUGGCAAGGUCGAGAGUGAUCCGGCGGUUUAUGCUGUGCUAGGUAUUGACUCCGACCUGUUGGAAGCGAGUAAGAAGGCGUUGAGGUCUCUCAUCGCGCACCUCACUGCAACGACAGAUUUGACCAGAGAAGAGGCCUACAUGCUCUGCAGCAUCGCAGCGGACUUGAAAAUCGCCGAAAUUGUCGAUAUGCCGAACUUUGCGGUUUCUGCCAGCAUUCCGUAUUCGAUUUUCGAGAGCUGA